AUGUCAAGCUUUCUGCAAACUGUAUUGAACUUGAAGUGUCUGAUCGUUUUGUUCCUUCAUUGCGAAGGAACGGCGGCCACGAGCGAAGUAAUUAUAAGUACCAGUGGCGGGAACAUACGUGGUGACGUUGAGGAGGUGCACGGUAGGCCCAUAGCACGCUUCCUGGGCGUACCGUACGCGGAGCCACCAAUUGGAGCCCUCCGGUUCCGUCCUCCAGAACCAUCAGCGCCAUGGCAGGGAGUGCUGGAUACCAGAAGUUUUCGGGCAUCGUGCGCUCAGUAUUCCGGCUCUCCCCCUCCAACGCCAUGGCUCGAAGACAGAAGAACUUUCAGCGAGGAUUGUCUUUUCCUCAACAUCUGGGUUCCACAGGACGGAGUUAAGCCAAAGGCAAUUCUCAUAUUCGUGCACGGAGGAGCGUUCCGGCGUGGAACACCUGCCGAUGAACUGUACGUUGGGAACGUCCUCGCAGCUGUCGGGGACAUCGUCGUUGUUACGGUGGCGUAUCGUCUCGGCAGCUUUGGCUUUUUGCAUACAGGGAACGACAGUUCGCCCGGGAACUACGGAUUGCUUGACCAAGAAAUGGCGAUGCAAUGGAUGCGUACGAACGCGGAAGUGUUUGGUGGAGACGCGUGUGCUAUGACGCUUUACGGUCAAAGCGUUGGGGCGAAGUCCGUAGGACUGCAGCUGCUUUUGCAACGUAACACAGGCCUCAUUCGCCGAGCCAUCAUGUCCAGUGGAAGUCCGCACUGGUUAGGACCCGUGGUAAUAGACGAUGGGCGCUUGAAAGCUAGCACUCUAGCGAAAGCUGUCGGUUGUGAAGUUCAUGAAAACGACUGGAUCGCGACAGUGAACUGUUUGCGCGAAGUUCCAGCUCAGGCUAUUAUGGAAGCCGAGAAUACAUCUUUUUACAACGAGAGGUAUGUAUUUAUUCCAACAUUUGGGGUCUUCGGCCUACCCUCAAAUAUUGAAGCAGAGGACCUCAUAUCAGUCGAUGCAUUGCUAACGGGCGUCAAUGCAGAAGAAGGCAGCAGCUUUAUCAAUAGCGCGGACCCCAAACGAUUCGGUUGCGAGCUCCCCGUAAACUUUACUCGGACCGAAGCAAUUGCCUUUGCGUAUCGCCACUUCUUUGAGGGAUCGCCAGACAGUGUUCGUGCCGUAAUCGAAGCUUACUUCCACGGGGACGAAGAAGGUUCCAAAGAGUCGCUGGCCUCCUUGGAUGGGCACAAGUCAUUCUGA